AAUUUGACUUUACAGAAUAUGGUACCGGCAAUUGGCUUAAGCUGUUCGAAUAUGAUAAACAAAUUGAAAGAAAUAGCUUCGAGUCGUCGCGAUGAAGGGGGUUUCGAAAUUGACAUGUGGCCGUAUAUUGAUGAUUUGACGGGAGAUGUGAUUUCACGGACAGCGUUUGGUAGUAGUUACGAAGAAGGGAGAAAAAUAUUUCAGCUUCAGAAAGAAAGAGUUAAGCUAGCCCUACAGUUAUUGCAGUUCUCUUUCAUCCCUGGAUGGAGGCAUGUCCCGACGAAAGUGAACAGAAAAGUGAAAGCAAUCUCGAACGAGAUAGAAUCCAUACUACGAGGUAUAAUCAAGAAAAGGCACAAGUCCGCCACCGAAACGGGAGAAAACGGUGUUUUCUUCGGUGAUGACUUAUUAGGUCUCAUGAUGGAAUCGAAUGCACGUUUCACUCGGGAAGAGGGCAAUGCGAAUGAGGGCAUGACUAUUGAAGAAGUAAUUGAGGAGUGCAAGCUAUUCUAUUUCGCGGGCUCCGAGACAAAUUCGGGUUUGCUCGUGUGGACCAUGGUGUUGCUAUGCAAACACCCUGAAUGGCAAACUCAAGCUAGAGAAGAGGUUAUGCGAGUUUUCGGGAAUUCAGAGCCGAAUUUCCAAGGAUUAAAUCACCUAAAAAUCGUGACGAUGAUUCUGCAAGAAGUCCUAAGGUUGUACUCACCGGCACCUCUAACGGUGCGAGCCCCUACGGAGACGGUGAAACUAGGAAACAUGACUAUUCCAUUAGGGGUACAUUUGUCAUUGCUAAUAAGCCAAGUCCAUUGUGAUCCCGAUAUUUGGGGAGACGAUGCAAAGGAGUUCAAUCCGAAGAGAUUCUCCGAAGGGGUUUCCAACGCAACGAAGAUCCAAUCGUCGUUUUUACCUUUCAGCUCAGGGCCUCGGAUUUGCCUUGGUCACACGUUUGCGAUGAUCGAAGCAAAAAUGGCUCUAGCAAUGAUUCUAAAGCACUUCUCGUUCGAGCUUUCCCCAUCUUACUUGCAUGCUCCUUUCGCGGUUAUCACUCUUCAACCACAAUACGGUGCUCCAAUGAUUUUGCGUAGUCUCGAACCAUUAUAAUAAACCAUGUUGUUUCUAAUCUUUCGUGAAAUUAUUUCUCCACCGAAAUAAAAUGAUGGUUAGGUUAUGUU